AUGGUACCUUCAGCGAACUUGCUUGGCUUUGCGGGUGGCGAGCUAGCCAAAAAGCUGCCCAAAGUAUUUGGCGUCCUGCUGGAGACGUUUCUCAGUUCUGUCGUGGAAAUAGUCCUUUUCAUGGUCUUGAUCCACAAGGACAAGGGAGGCAAUCUGAUCCCUGUCAUCCAAGCCGCCAUUCUAGGCUCGAUCCUGGCAAACCUCCUUCUCUGCUUAGGCCUAUGCUUUUUCUUUGGAGGCAUUGGGCGAGAAGAUCAAUCAUUCCAUGAGGCCGUCAGCGAAGUGGGCUCAGGACUCCUUCUAGUGGCAGGGUUCGGCCUUCUGAUCCCGAGUGCUUUCUAUUCGACUUUAAAAAGCAAUGCAUCGCAUACGCAUGUACAAAUCUCGACAGAAACACUGAAUCAGUCUACACUGAUUAUCAGUAGAGCCACAGCCGUCAUACUCCUAGUGGCUUUCAUCAUGUAUCUGUUCUACAACCUCCACAGCCAUCAUAGCAUAUUCGACGAAGUCCUUGAAUUCGAUGAGCAUCUGGAUGAAGAUCGUGAACGGGAAAUGAAGCGCGCAAAGCUUACGUUGAUUGAAUGCUUUGUGGCUAUUGCAAUAUCUCUCGCAUGCGUCUGCAUGUCGGCCGUCUUCCUGGUGGAGGAAAUAGAGGAUAUUGUCAAUGAAAGAGGUGUAUCUGAUAAUUUUAUGGGCCUUAUUCUUGUGCCACUUGUUGAGAAGGCAGCAGAGCACUUGACUGCUAUUGAUGAGGCUUGGGACAAUCAGAUCAAUUUUGCACUCUUUCAUUGCCUGGGUCCUUCAAUCCAGACUGCGCUGUUGAACGCGCCGCUCGCAGUCAUUGUCGGCUGGGGUAUUGACAAGGAUAUGGGUCUGAAUUUCGAGAUCUUUAUGAUUGUUUUGGUCGUUUUGUCCAUCCUAGUUGUUGGAAACUUUCUUCGAGAUGGCAAGUCCAACUAUCUGGAAGGGGGGCUCUGCGUUCUGGUCUAUGUUAUUAUCGCCGUCACUACAUGGUACUACCCUCAGAUUGUGGCGGAGGGUGAGUCUGAGGCCAAUCAUUCAAUGGACCCAUCAUCGACCAUUAUCUCCGCUCUCAAAGAUCGCGAACUCUCGAUCAAUCGCGAUCAUAUCAAGUCCGCCCUCGUUGAGAGGAUAGAAGGUACUGAGAUUGCAAAAUGGCUGACGGAGCAUCUCAGUACCGACACACUGUUGUCGCAAGAGGAGCUCAUACUGUACUCGAAACUUGAAGAGUCCGGUGCCUUGCAGAGCCUUUUCGCCAAUCCUAAUCUCAAAGCAACUCGCCCGCUUGUGGAUGAUGACCUUCGACGCGCGAUUGAAACACUAAACGCCUCCACGGCUGCAAUACAAAGACAGACCAAAACACUAGCAUCGCAGUACGAGAGCUUAAACAGGUCUAUCACCUCGGAUGACGAACUGGGGCUCAGACAAAUUCGGGACAAUGCACGAUUGCGCCAGAAGCAUACUGACUUGGCUCACGCAUUGGAAUCAGAGUUGAGAGGCGUAUCUGAGCAAGCUUCAGCAGACGCCAAGAGGAUACUUUCGUCUCUGACAGCUCGAUUCAAGGAAGAUGAUAGGUUGAUCGCGAACCUGGAGAGGCUGGCAUCCGGGAUAGAAACGAGCCAACAAGAUGAGAACAGUGCAAAGAUAGCUUUGGAGAGAUGUACUGCCCUUGCUCAAUGCCUUGCCGAUGAGAUCAGGUGUCGACUCGAUCGGUUAUAUCUGGAAUCGAUACAGGCAGGACUAAUGAUAGCGCGAACUGAGCCAGCACCCGCUGAAAAUGAGCCGUUGGCUGCGCUGGAGGAAGAACUUGAAUCCCUCUAUCCCGAAAUCGAAAUACUAGCUGAGAUGUCCACGAAACAACAGUUCGCCGAACCUAUAAUAGGCGAGUUAAGCAGUCACCACGAGGAGCUGCAAAAUGCCUCACAUGAAACGUUGGACUAUGUUUUGGACGUAGUAUCGGAGAUGACAUCGUCUACAAAUGGCCUUGUCAAGUGCCUGCAGGACAGGGAGUCUUACUGUGGAACUCUGGAAGCUAUCGCUGCUGCGCACCGAUCAGAGAUUGGCGAUAUCUUCUUGAACCCGCCUGUUAACAGGAGAGAGUCUUUGAGACGUUCCUCUGUACAGCCCGUUUCGGUUUUUACUUCAGCACAAAAAGACAAUCGGCUCCAUGAUUCUCAAUCAAUAGCGAAAGUGUUACGCCGAGUAGGAUUAUCUUUGGAUUCGGUGCUCCAUGCCGACGAAGCCAGUGAAUGCGCAGAUAAUCUAAAGGAGAAACGAUAUCAGUUGACUGAGAGCCUAAAUGACCAUGGUAUUGCCGCAGACUCGCCGCUCAUGGCUGAGUUACUCCCGACAGACCGGGCGAUCCAGCUUCUCUCCACUUCCUUGCACGCCGAUUCUGAAUUCGAGACCUCACUUGCGAAUCUGGACCACCAGAGGAAGCUAUCUAAUCUCGAAGACGAUUUGAAGGGUGUUCAGAAGGGGCUUGAGGGACUCGACAUGAGCGUGGUUCAUAGAAGAGAUAGAGGGCAGGAGAAAUUUGUGGAGAUGUGGGGUUCGAAGGCCGUGGACGACUGA